AUGCAGGCUGGGUCUUCAGCGAUAAGGGAAUUCAUCGGUCACGUGCAGAACAAGACUCCAUCGGCUCCCCGGCCUCUCAGAGCAGUAGUGGUGAGACACCCGCUGGCCAGGCUCGCCUCAGCCUACAGAGACAAGUUCCUAACCGGCAAAUUACUCUUUGAGUAUGACGAUAAAUGGCGAAACGUUACACAGAGUGCUGAGAGUUGGGAAACACGCUUCGACAAAUACUGGCUGCCUGCACUCGUCUCUGAGGGAUUUCUCGAUCGAAAUCGAAAGUUCAACGAAACGUUAAGCAAGAUCAGGAAAACAUACCAGGUAUAUAUGGACAACUUUGUAAGCCAGUCGGGUGCCCUCUUGACCAUUCCAUCACAAGAGGAGAAUCAGUUUUACGGUGUAGAAGAAAUGGAAACUGCCUACCUCAUGAUAUAUAAUGGCCCUCAUAUUGGAUUCUCCACGAUAUUCAGGAAUGCCUACAAUGUAAGUGACCUGGCACAACGGUUCCGAAACACUUCGUUUAGUUUCAGCCAAUUCCUGCAUCACGUGGUCUGGACCCAUGAUAUGGGCAUGCCCGAUGAACAUUGGAUGACCUACACAGAGACGUGUGAUCCUUGUCGGAUGAAGUUUGAUUACGUCCUUAAGUUGGAGACGAUCCAGGAAGAGAUGCAACACUUGCUCUGCGGGGUGUUGGGCUUCCCGGAAAGGGUCAGCAUCCCGGUGAAGCACCGCAGCUACGGUCACGGCCUCGGCCAUUCUGACAGGGAGUACUACGCGAACGUGAGCAGGGAGCUGAUGGACCGACUGCUCCAUAUUUACAGGCACGACUUCGCUAUCUUCGGGUACAGUCGAGACCUGUAGUGCACAAUACUGAGAGA